AUGCGUGGCUGCGUCGUAUUCGACGUCUUCGGCACCUGCUUUGGCUUCGACAACGUCAUUGAUGAGAUCCACAAAUCCUAUGCGCAAGAUCUCGAGCGAGCAGACACGAACGCCCAAGCCGUCUUUCUCUCUUGGUUCUACCAGACACAGCGAGACUUUACCUAUCUCUCACUGUCGGACACUUACACGCCGAUUGCCCAAGUCUUUGCCGCUGUCCUCCCGCGAGUACUGCGACAAGCUAUGCCUCAUCUUUCAAAGAUCGAUGAAUCUAGGCCCAAGCUCAUCACAGAUCAACUCAAGAGCUUGCAGCCCCGCCCAGGCCUACUCGAGUCGAUCAAAAACUUGGAGGAGGCCGGCCUUGACGUCUAUGCAUUCACGAACGGUGCAGCGGCAAGCACAAAGGCGCUCUUCAGCCAAGCGUACGCACAGAGCAGCGGCAUGGACACAGCCUUCCUCUCUCAUCUGGAGGCUCGCAUAAUCAGUUGUGACCAAGUCAAGGCGGCAAAACCGGAUCGCAAAGCUUACGACCUCGCCAAAGAGCGCACCAUCACAGACAACGUCGAACAUGCCUGGUUCGUGGCCGCACAUCAAUGGGAUCUCUUGCCUGCGCGAAAUGUAGGCUACAAAACGGCAUGGGUCUCGUACGAGGAGCUGGAGCCAGUCACAUCGCUCUUCGGAGAGCCAGAUGUGUCAGCCGACAGCUUGAAUGACCUGUCUGAUAAGAUCAUUGCCAGCACCCGAUGA